CAACUUGGACCCUCUUAGUCUUAGAUUUAGAGAAGAAAAAACUCCGCCCUCGUAUUCCUCCAUCUCCUUUCUUGUCUGUGUGAUGCCAAGCUACCUAACAGGCUCCCAUUCCUCUGACAUAAACCGCUCCAAAUCACCGAGGCUUCCUUUUCCUUACGGUGACUCGAAACCUAGAGUUGAUAUCCAACCAGAUCACUUUAACCUGAGUUGCUGAGCCCAAUGACCCGGACACGUAAUGUCAUUGUUGCCACUGGAUUACUGGCUUUUGCUGCUGCAGGCUUGGCAUUUCCCUUCUACAUGGCAUCAUCCAGGGGUAAGCCAGUGAUUGACCCAUCAAAGCCGUUGCCACCACAGGCGACUUUCCGAGGGCCUUACAUAAACACAGGUUCACGUGACAUUGGACCUGAUCCUGGGCCUUACCCAAAGAAGUAAUGUGCUUUGCGAGAAAAGUGUUGGGGAGGGUAAGUAAAUUGCAUGCACAAUCAUGCUCAUUUCCUGCAAAUUGAGACAUUUGCUCGCAUUAUCUUCUUUUGUGCCAAUGGACAUCUUUGUGGAUUCUGUACCUAGAAAUCUACUGAUCAUCACAAAUGGAUAAGCAACAUGUUGAGAAUUACAACGAGAAUGAAAAUUUCUGGAAAAUGGAAUUGCUUAAAAACAUGGUCUCUUUCUUUCUUUCUUUAUUUACAGUGUAAGAACUUAAUAUAAUAGAUUAUUUCUGAUACAAACGAUCAGAUAUUUGCAUAUA